AUGCGUGCCGUAUCGAUCCUUUCUUUCCUCGCCUUGGGCUCUUUUACCGCUGCCGCUCAGGUUGAGUCGCGGUCUUCACCUUCCGAGUCAUACAGUCUUUAUGCGUAUGGUGAAGGCGUGGGGGGAUUUGCACUGUACUACAACGAAGGUAACGCAGUCGUUGGUAAAAAGGCUCCUCCGAAUGCCACUGAAGUGACUUUCUCCCCUUCCUCGUCCGGAAAUUCGAUGGUUGGAAAUCCAGCCAAUACUACCGGCACAAAAAGGUCAUUCUCGGAUCAGGAGCUCUUUGUCCCAAGCUCAGACUCGACCAGCCACCAGAUUGGCUUUACCGGCAACUCAUCUGGGACUGAUAAGGAGGUGACCAACAAAUUCGUGUGGUAUGGUCAUUUCCUGCUGGUUGAAGAUGAGAGCGGCGAGUAUACGUCCUUGUUCUAUGCCAAGAAAACGGAUUAUGAAGACUUGUAUUCCCUGCAGUGGAAUAUUACCGACGAGGACGACGGCGAGUUCGUCUCUGUGUCGAUGAGAUCGAUUGCGCCAUCGAAUGAGUGA